AUGAUUCGAUUAUUUGCGUUCUUUACUGUAUUUGUUUUGGCGACGGACGCUGAUGUGCUUACUAAAGAGCGAAGCAGAGGAGCAACUCUUAAACCCAUAUCAGCUUGUUGUGAGAUUCCCGAGUUAGGAGAUCCAAAACCCUUAUCCGAAUGCUCCAAUCCUAGACCCAUGGGCCCGUGUAACGACGUUCAGUGUAUAUUUGAGAAGUCAGGAUUCCUCACAGAUAAAAAUACUUUGAACAAAGAAGCGUAUAAGAAACACCUCCAGCGAUGGUUAGAAGAGCAUAAAGGCUGGACCGCAGCAGUUGAAAAGGCGAUCACCGACUGUGUGGACAGAGAUUUGAGGCAGUAUCUUGAUUAUCCCUGCAAGGCAUAUGAUGUGUUCACUUGCACUGGAAUUGCAAUGUUAAAGAAAUGCCCAAAAGAUUAUUGGAAAUGCUGA